AUGACAUUGUCAAACUGUCCCGCGGGUGCGGUUGACUCACGGCCAGUGUUCUUUUUCGACAUCGAUAAUUGUCUUUAUUCCAAAGGUCCGGGAGUCCGCCACUGAGCAAGACAAUACGACGACUGACCGAAUCGUGCACAGCAUGCAACAUCCACGAGGAAAUGGAGAAACUUAUCAACAAGUUCUUCGUCAAGCACCUGUCCCUCGAACCGCAAGAUGCCCAAAUGCUUCACCGGAAAUACUACACAGAAUACGGUCUCGCCAUUGAAGGUCUCACGCGUCAUCACAAGAUUGAUCCUCUCGAGUUCAACCGCGAAGUUGACGACGCGUUGCCAUUAGAUGAUAUUCUGAAACCAGCUCCGCAGCUGCGAAAGAUGCUCGAGGAUAUCGACCGGAGCAAAGUGAGGCUAUGGCUUCUCACCAACGCAUACGUCAACCAUGCCAAACGGGUCGUCAAAUUACUACAAGUGGAUGAUCUUUUCGAAGGAGUGACAUACUGUGAUUACAGCAAAAUGCCAUUAAUUUGCAAGCCAAGCCAGGAUAUGUACGAGAAGGCAGAGAUCGAAGCGGGCGUUCCGAGUUCGGCACAGUGCUACUUUGUCGAUGACUCCCACUUAAACUGCAAACAUGCUGAGGCUCGCGGUUGGAAUACCGUCCAUUUGGUCGAGCCUGGUCUGCCGAUACCACGGAUUCCGGCAUGCAAAUACAUGGUGCAUAAUCUCGACCAUCUGCGCGUCCACUUCCCUCAGCUAUUCAAGCAGACCGAUGGCACCCAGACCGGGUAGUCUCUGCCUAUAGAAUGCACACUGUAGACUUUUUGUCAAAUAGAAUAUACGAUGCGACUGCAUAAACGUUACUGAUCACUUGUUAUAUAUAUAUACAUACAUACAUACAUACAUACAUAUAUAUAUAUGUUCCUGCC